GGGAGGGAGGAUGCUGCCGCUGCUGCCAGCGGAAAAUGGCCGCUGCAACCUCGAGCCCAUCCUGAUAUACUGAAAUGAUAGAAAGGUGGACAGAGAAAAGAUACGAGCACGACUGAGAGGGAGUGAGUGUGUGUGUGUGUGUGUGUGUGUGUGUGCGCGCGCGCGCGCGCGUGCGUGUGUGUGUUUGAGUGAGUGAGCGCGCGCGCGCGAGAGAGUGUAUUUGUGUGUGUGUGUAUGUGUGUGUGUGUGUGCGUGUGUGUGUGUGUGUGUGUGUGUUUUUGAGUGAGUGAGCGCGCGCGCGUGUGUUCUGGUGAGAAGGGAAAUAAAAAAGCCAGGAGACCGGGGGCAGUCAGCUCGAAGCGGCGAGCAACACUGAGCCAUGGAGGGCGAUGUGCGUGUCCGAGCAGUGGUGAUGACACGUGACGACUCUAGUGGUGGCUGGGUGCCCCUUGGAGGUGGUGGCCUCAGCCAUGUUAUCAUCUGUAAGGGGCGGAGCUCCGAAGGCAGAGGACGGAGGGAGUACGUCAUACGUGGAGAGCGACUGCGCGAUCGAGCACCCGUGCUUGAAUGCGCCGUUCAGAAGGGUUUGGUCUACAAUAAGGUGAACCCCAUCUUUCACCACUGGCGUGUGGAGGAGAGGAAGUUUGGCCUGACCUUCCAGAGUCCAGCUGAUGCCAUAUCGUUUGAGAAGGGCCUUCAAUGUGUCCUUGACAAGUUGGACAGAGCAUCUGACUCACCUUCUUCCUCCACACCAGAGGAGGGAGACACUGAAGAUGAUGGUCAAGCAUCUCACACAGGCAGUGAGUCGUCCUCCAACAGCAGAAAGGAGAUGUUACCCAAGCCCAUCACCAUAGUGACCAGCGAGUCCUCCUCCACCUGCUUUGUGCGUUCUGCAGCAGAGGAGUUUGGAUAUGGGGCAGGGCAUGCCGUCACUACUCAGACCCCUGCCCAGAUCCAUACGCGGCCUACCCAGCAUCAGCUCUCUCAAGUGACGGCUGUGUUGAACCCUCCAGCCCCUCCUCCCCCUCCACCUGCUCCCCCAACCCCUCCACUGGUGCCUCCUGCCUCCUCUCCCCUGUCCCCUCUCUCGCCUACUAUAUCCUUGCUGGAGGAAGGUGACCUGCGCAAUCUUGACCCUUGCAAGGACUUAUGGGGCUCCCGGGGUUAUGAGGACUACCGGCGUGCUGGAGCCACGCGGACCAAGGUUGGGGGUCUGACAGGGGGUGUAGUUGUGGGAGGCGGUCCUGACAAAUCGGAGCUGUGCGUGGUGCGCUUUGAAAAGGAGCUGGCAGGUGUGGGCAUCACAGGCUGCGAGGUCACCGUCAUGCUGGACACCAAAGGUUCUCAGCAUCACUCCUCUUCGCCCACCUGUAUGCCUAACGCUGUGCCUGGCUCGUCUUCUGCUGGCGGCUCACCACAGGAGACGGGCAAAGGCUCACCUUCACCAUGCUGCAUCCAUACCUCGCUUGCCACACCUCGCUCUCGGACUCGGAAGAGAGGGGGUGGCGGAGGGGCCAGUGGGGGUGGAGACGCCAUCUCACCCGAUGAUGACAGCCCAUGCCCACAGGGCUCGUCUUCAUGCUCAUCUCGCUGCGUGUACUGCCGCUCGGUCUUCAGCGCCUCUGAAAAUGGGCGCGGCCGCUGCCGGGACGCUCCAGACCCAGCCCUGCACUGCCUACGCCAGUGGACGUGUGUUUGGUGCGCUGAGAGCCUGCUCUACCACUGCAUGUCGGACUCAGAGGGCGAGUUCUGGGAGCCAUGCUCAUGUGAGGACUCACUGGGCCACCGGCCACACCCGCUCUGCUGUGCCCGCUGGAUGGCACUACUGGCGCUUUCACUUUUUGUGCCCUGCAUGUGCUGCUACCUGCCCCUGCGCGCAUGCCUGCGCUGCGGGGAAAGAUGCGGCUGCUGUGGUGGAAAGCACAAGGCUGUGCGGUGAGACCUGGCUGGGGGAGGGAGGGAGACUGGGUCAAGGUCGGAGUGGGUGGC